CGAGGCUGUUUGGAGGGCUGAGCAGAGUGCUACUGAAGGGGAGAGACGGCAUCAGCCUGAGGAGGAGGGCUGGGGAACACCACGAAACACGGACCCAGCCCCUACACAUUCCCCUUCAGGACCCAGGACAGAGUGCGGGUCGAGCUGCCGAGGAAUUCAGCACCUAGGAGAACUCCCAGCGCCGGGCGGACUUCCCAGGAGAAAGGACCGUCGCCCUGCCUCGUCCAGCAUGAUGGAACAUAGAAGCAGCUCCCAGCUUCUUCUGUCCUUCACACUCUUCAGUGUUCUCUGCUCGCCAGCACUGGCAUUACCCCCUUUGGGGACAUAUUCGGCUAUGAGUAGGUUGGGAAACAGAAUGCCAUUUGAUGGAGCAAGUGAACCUGAUCAAGCCCAAGGUUCAUUAAAACCUGAAACUGACAUUUUGCAAAAUGCACUACCAGAAAAUGACAAAUUUUAUCUUGACAUGUCCAGAGCUUUGGAUAGGAAUGCAAGACAUGCUGAUGGACUUUUCACCAGUGGCUACAGCAAACUUUUGGGUCAACUUUCUGCAAGGAGAUAUCUGGAAUCACUUAUUGGAAAACGGGUUAGCAACAACCUCAUGGACGAACAGAUGCCCGUCAAACGUCACUCUGAUGCCGUCUUCACUGACAACUACAGCCGAUUUAGAAAGCAAAUGGCUGUGAAGAAAUAUUUAAACUCAAUUUUAACUGGAAAAAGAAGCCAAGAAGAGCUAAACCCUGCCAGUCUUCGAGAUGAAGCAGAAUUGCUUGAACCCUCCUUUUCCGAAACCUAUGAUGAUGUUACAGUAGAUGAGCUGCUGAACCGCCUCCCAUUGAGUCUCUGAAGGAGAGCUGGUAAAAUCUAUGACAAGAACAAACUAUUUUUUGAGUUCCACAUAGUAUUUCAAAGAAAUGACUUCAGUAUUCAAACCAAAACAAAUAUGUUGUGAAGUGACAGUUGUGAUAUAUUUGUUUCUGAUAUAAUAAAAGUUGAUGUUUACACUGUAAAUAUUACUUUAGAGAUCUCUACCUAAAGCUGUACAUAUGUAUGCUAGUCUAACUCAUGAAAACCCUGUGAUUUCAUAUGAUGUAAAUCCUAUACUUCAAUAAAUGCAUUUGAAAAAGAGGAAUGCACACCAGAAGACAGCACCAAAUUACUGAUUAACUGGCUUAUUUUAACUAUGGGAACACUUCAGGUAAAAUUGCAUGAUGCAAUAGAUACACUUGCAGACAACUUAAUAAAUACAAAAGACCAUAGAAAGGAACUGUGUUCAGUAUGUUCAAACUGUGUACAAAAAGAUUGUCGGGGUAGGAUCUGUACAAAAAUAUAUGCUUUUCUAACAAUUAAUCGACUUAAAUAAAUAAAAAGGCAUUUAAAAUGAUUGGAUCUUUCAUAGAACCUUAUUUUUGUCCUCCUCCAUUUUGAAUGUUUUCAUUAAGUUAAAGCCAGUAAUAUUUCCUUUAUUUUUAAUGUUGAACACUUAUUAAUCCAAAGUUGCCAAAGCACACAGAAGGAGAAGGGAAAAAAAGCUACCCCUUAAUGUUUGAUGUGCUAAAGUCAUAGCAGUAAGUUUAUUCUACAUUUGGUUGUGUAUAACUUUGCUGAUGAGCGCAUUCCUUAUAUAUAAAGUAGAUCUGAAGACAGUUUACUAUUUUUUCAAAAUGAAUGUAACUUAUGAAAU